UCAGCUGGGCUCCAAGAACAGGGGUCAAAUUGCCGAAGCAGUCUAAUUUGCAUGGACCAAUGACCGCACCGUAUGCAAAUGAGACUGGACGUGGUUGGCUGAGGAUUGGCAGGAUAACUCCGGCGAGCCAGGGCCUUUGUCCUCCAGUGGCUGUGAGGCAGCUGCGGUAGUGGCGUCGUGGUACACUUCUAGGCUAGGGCCCGCAAGCGACGGGGCGAGCCAGCAAGCGGGGCGGGAAGGGAGCACGGCGCGGCAGCGGCUGGCGCUGCUGGARGAGCCCGGGAGGGCGAGGGGCGGUCGGACUGCGUCGGAUCGGAGCGCGCCACAGGAAGCCUGAGAGCGAGUGCAGAGAGCUGGCGCCCGCGCGCCCACGGUGGCCGGAGCAGCCCGCACGCCGCGCUCUCUGUGAGGGACUUGCAGUUGCAAUAUGACUUUGGAAGAAUUCUCGGCUGGAGAGCAAAAGACCGAAAGGAUGGACAAGGUGGGCGAUGCCCUGGAGGAAGUGCUCAGCAAAGCCCUGAGUCAGCGUACCAUCACAGUCGGGGUGUACGAGGCGGCGAAGCUGCUCAACGUCGACCCGGAUAAUGUGGUUCUGUGCCUGCUGGCGGCAGACGAGGACGACGACAGGGAUGUGGCUCUGCAGAUCCACUUCACUCUGAUCCAGGCGUUCUGCUGUGAGAACGACAUUAACAUCCUGCGCGUCAGCAACCCGGGCCGGCUGGCAGAGCUCCUGCUGCUGGAGACCGACGGGAGCCCAGCUGCAAGCGAGGGCGCAGCGCAGCCCCCGGACCUGCACUGCGUGCUGGUUACGAAUCCACAUUCAUCACAAUGGAAGGAUCCUGCCUUAAGUCAACUUAUUUGUUUCUGCCGAGAAAGUCGCUACAUGGAUCAGUGGGUUCCAGUGAUUAAUCUCCCUGAACGGUGAUGGCAUCUGAAUGAAAAUAACUAAACCAAAUUGCACUGAAGUUUUGAAAUACCUUUGUAGUUACUCAAGCAGUUACUCCCUACACUGAUGCAAGGAUUACAGAAACUGAUGUCAAGGGGCUGAGUGAGUUCAACUACAUGUUCUGGGGGCCCAGAGAUAGAUGACUUUGCAGAUGGAAAGAGGUGAAAAUGAAGAAACAAGCUGUGUUGAAACAAAUAAAAGUCAAAAGGAACAAAAAUUACAGAGAACCACGUGGGAAGGAAAACUAUGUAUUAAUUUAGGAUGGUUGAGUUACAUUAAAAUAAACCAAAUAUGCUUUGUUAAAGUUUAAAUGUGCAGCAGUAGUUUGGGUAUUUUGGUUUAUAUUCCCUCCCUCAAGUUAAAAAAAAAAAUGAAAGGGUUAAUCAUAUUUUAAAACCAUAUUUUAUUGUAUUUUGAUGAGAUGUUAAAUUCUCAAAAGUUUUAUUAUAAUUGUACUAAGUUAUUUUAUGACAUGAAAGGUUAUUUAUGCUAUAAAUUUUUUGAAACAAUACCUACAAUAAACUGAUGUGGAAUAAUUGCAUCAUUUC